AUCUUGCAUCAAAAUUAUUUCAGGCUUAUUAUGGAAGACCAAGCAAUAUUUAUUAACUUUCUGUUUUGUGCCAGCUCCUAUCAGUUGAUAAUAUGGGUCUAGCGUUGAACAGGAAACCUGUGGUCAUUCCUGACAAAGGAGAAAGACUCUGAACAGGUCACUACACGUCAAAUAAAUGGGAAAAAAGGGGCACCAAGACGCAAGUUCAGUACAAGUGGAUCUAGCAUAGUGUGGACGUUCAAGGAGGUUUCAUGGAGAUUCACCUACAGGCUGAAUGGGAGCAGGAAGGGGCGUGGCCUUGCCAGCUCCCAGAGCGGGUCACAGGUGGUCAAGGUGAGGCUGGAGGUGUUUGGGGAACCAGAUCAAGAGGGAAUCAUAGCCACUUCAAUGCCAAUUCUUGCCUUUAGAGCAAUAAGUCGGUGGCAAGGUCAGGUCAGUGUUGAAGAGAGAACAUUCUCGCUAACAAUGAGGGGAUGAAAGGUUGGGAGUAUCCAGGAAUAACUUGUUGCCGUGGUCAAGGCAAAGACGCAAUGCUCGCUGGUGACCAAUGGCGCGCAGGGAAGCGAAUCACCCUGAGCGAAGCGUAGGGGCAGCCGCCUUCAGCAGGCGGAGAGAUUUCUUUUCCUAGGAGAGGGGGCAAGGGGACCAUAAGAAAGACCAGCAUUUCAGGGUCGCAGACGGGUGUCCAGUCUCCGGGGGGCUUGCCUGCGACGGAAGCCACCUGCUCCAGGCGGCUCCCCGCUGCGGGAUGAGGUCAGGCCUCCUCUGACCCACGUAUGUUCUGUGGCGCGCACACGGGAGGGCGCCAGGGACUGGCCACGUGGAUGGGAGGCAGCAGAACGGCCACUCCUCUCGGAAGCGGGACCCCGUUGACCAUGUUCCCCUCUGUCCCAGAAUAUUUCAACGCUCCCUGUGUCUUCCCAUUUACGUACGAUGACCUGACCUACUACAGCUGCAUCUCCGUGCACAGCGAUUAUGCCUGGUGCUCCCUGGACGACAGAUUCCAAGGCAGGUGGCGCUACUGCACGGCCAAUGACCCCCCCAUGUGUGCCUUCCCCUUCCGCUUCAGGAGUAGACUCUUUCAGACGUGCACCAAGAUAGGCUACAUUUUUAAUCGGACGUGGUGCUCGCUGACCGGUAAUUACGAUGCAGAUGGAAAAUGGAAGCAGUGUUCUCCUUACAAUUUAUAGUAAGUCUUGGUGUUCACGAACGGACAGAAGUUAUAGGAUUCACCAGCUGCCUCUCAAAAUGGAUCUUUUCCCGGAUCAUUCUGACCAAUAAAGAUUUGAUCCCUCUC